AUGAGCCUCGUACACCUUCGAUCCUCCGCUCCUCUCCGCCGGAGCCUCAUCCUCUCCAGCCCUCUCCUUUUGCGCACACCCCAAAAUACCUACGCUACACAGACCGGGGGGUCAUCACCGCGACGAAGGAAUGUCACAGUAUUAUCGGACGAUGGCAGAUAUACAUGGGGCGAGUUGAGUGGGCGGGAGAAGGUUGCGCGGGCGACGCAGCAGUCAUUUAACUUCAUGAUUGUUCUUGCUGGUGCUGUGCUUACGGGCGGUGUCUUCACAUUAUUAUAUAAAGAGGUCUUCUCACCAAACAGCAAAACGUGGCAGUUCGAAAAGGCCGUCGAGCGGAUCAAGAACGAUACGAGGUGUACGAAUCUUCUAGGUGAUAAGCGGGAGAUCCAGGCGUAUGGAGAGAACACCUGGAGUCGCUGGGCGAGAAAUAGGCCUAUUGCGACGACGAUUGAGAAGGAUCAACAUGGUCGCGAGCACCUGAAGAUGAAUUUCCACGUUUCGGGGCCGCGAAACUCGGGUGUGGUGUUCGUACACAUGGUUAAGGCGGCAGAUAAGAAUGAGUGGGAGUAUAGGCUUCUUGCGCUGGAUGUGAAAGGCUAUCCGCGUCUUGUCCUCGAGGAGCGCCAUGAUCCCAAGGUCGACAGGGAGGUGAAGAUCUUCGGUAUCCGGUGGAAGUAG